AUGGUCAUCAAGUUCGUCUGGCAGAAUAUCUUAUACCGGUUCGGCAUCCCCCGACGGCUUGUCUCAUACAAUGGGAGACAAUUCGCCGAUCGGAGGUUCAAAAAAUUAUGCAAAGGCUAUGGUAUCCAGGAGACCAUCACCUCGGUGGCUUACCCCCAAAGCAACGACCAAGCGGAAGUCACCAAUCAGGAGAUUAUCAGAGGAUUGCGAGCUCAGGUAGACCAUGCAGGAGGCAGUUGGGUCAACGAACUCCCUAGUGUCCUAUGGGCCCUACGCAUGACCCCAAAGGAAGUGACCGACGUGAUGCCAUUCCAUCUGGUGUACGACGGUGAAGCACUAGUCCCUAUGGAAGUCAAAGUGAAGUCCGAUCGGGUGCAGCACUAUGACGAGGAGAACGACGAGUGGAGACUGAUGGAUCUAGACUUGGUUGACAAAGCACGAGACAAGGCUGUCGUUCGACUGAUGGCAUACUAG